AUGAAGGCCUGCUGGCGGCAAGCACCUCAUGGCAAAGGAUAUGGGUUCUUCGCGUCUCAGGACUUCAACGCUGGUGAAAAGAUCUUCCUUGAACCUGGCUUCGGCGUCGUCCCAGAGUCACCACAAGACUUCAGCCCACCAUUCCCCGGUCCAGAUCGCGUUGGAAGCGGGACCUUCGCCACCAUCUGCUUCCACAUCACCGAAGAGAUGUAUCGAGUGUACCACUUGAUGACAGACCCUGAACUUUCGCGCGGAAGCUUAAACUGCACCAUCCAAGAGGCGGAAUUCCUCUUCACUCGCCCCGACCGGACACCCCUCUAUGAUCACAUCGUGGAGGCGGCCUCCUUGCGAAUGCGGAGCCUGGAUGACACCACAAUCUCCAAGAGCAUAGUCCGGAUGGCGGUAAGAUUCUUUUCUGACGCUGGCGAGUACAAAGUGUACAUGGACGACGUCGACGACAACAGCACCGGAUUCGGACUCAUGACGGGCUCCAUCAACCAUUCCUGUCAACCCAACGCGGAGCUGUACGUCUCUUGCGACCUAAAGCAGUCAGCUCCGUUUAAGCAGGUCGGCUGGUACCGCAUGCAGUCUCCUCGCUAUUCAAUGCUGCUCCAGGCCACCAGAGGCAUCAAGGCCGGUGAAGAGAUCACCAUCUCGUACGACCGUGCGAGUGACCAUUUCCCGGAAAGUCGAGAAUCUCGUCUCGAAGACAUCAAGAGAACGUACGGCUUCGAUUGCCGCUGCGACGCCUGCAUUCGUGAGGAAAAUGACCCUCUGAUCAUGCGGUUGAAGGAUGAUGUCUUGAGAUUGCUGAAUGACUUCGAAGACUAUGAGGAGAUUCCGGCGCCCAAGAUGUACCGUCGGGCCGCAUACAUCCUGGACGCACUUGCAGAACUUGGGGUGGACGAUUGCACUGUCAAAUCAAUUUGGGACAUGUGCGCCGAAAGAGCCUGGUCGUCCUGUGACAUGAUCCGAGUACACUGGUUUGCCACCAAGGCAUUACAACAUGGCCAAAACAUGUAUGGUGGACCGGCAGGACUUGAACGACGAGAGAUGCUUCAAGCAUACGUGAUGCUGGGGCGAUCCAGAAUCAACGCAGGUCUCGGCAACCCCGACAUUCAAGGCUAUACCACGAUCCCAACAGAUGGGUAUGACGUGAAACAAGCAGAUCUGGAAGAACUGAUGUUCGCCUUGCAGCACACCAACGCCGAAAUGUACUACCCCUGCCUGCAACUGGUCGAAGGGAAAGUUCAAGAGAUCAGCAGAAACGUCAACCGCAGACGACUGGCUAGAAUCGAGGCUGAGCGAAGGAAGGGACAGGAGGAAAUCAGAGCUGGCAAAGUCGCCGAGCAGGAAGAAGAGAAGCUGUACAACAAGGGCGUCGAUGAAGUCAUGUCGAUGCUGGAAGAGUCGCCCACGGAGCCCAACAGGAAGAAGAGGGAGAAGAGGAGAGGGAGGAGGGGGAGGGGGAAGAAGGCGGCCAAAGUGGCACAGGAAGGCACGAAGACGUCCACGGCGUCAACCUCCAAAGUGUCUUCGGAGGGCUGCUCGGAGUCGACGGCUGGCUUCCACUCACGAUUUACCGCUGAAGGGGGUGAUCCCGAGGGCGUUUCCAAGCAAGAAUGGCAUGCAAAUGCCAUGAGCAUAGACGCUAUGCGCGUCAACAAGGCACGCGAUAUCGGGCACCUGCUAGCGGCUAAGGAUGGCUAUGCCAUCAACAACGAGAGCUACAUCCUCAGCACUCGUCGGGAUUCAGUGUGCGGUCGUGUUGAAGGCCAGCGCGAGCUGGUGGAGUUGGGAGCCAGGGCGUUGCGUCGGGAGAGGACACAUUCAUUUGGGAAUGACCAGGGGCGGAGGGAUAUGUUGAAGCUGGCGGACGUGCGAGAGAGCAAGGAGUUUUGA